AAACAAUUUAAAUCUGCUCUGCCAGGACCGGGAGAGGAUUUAGCUGAGCGGCUGUCAUCUGAUCCUCCGGUCUUUCUUCUCUGUACUUUUUGUUUCUCACGAGAAGGAAGCCUCUGACGUCAAUAAUAAGGGAGGCUGGCCGGAGCACUUAGCUUUACUUUUGGCGCCAGGUUCGAAGUGACGCCUUUUGAGAAAACAGAGGAGAGGAGAUGGCUGGAGAGAUCCAAGAAAAGGCCAAAAUGACGUUUCCGUUUCCUUGUAUACCAUAUCCCAUUCAGGAAGAAUUCAUGGCUAAACUUUAUCAGGUCUUGGAGACUGGGAAGAUUGGCAUAUUUGAAAGCCCAACUGGCACAGGAAAAUCUUUGAGUCUUAUCUGUGGAGCCCUCACAUGGCUCCGAGACUUUGAAGGGAAGAAGAGACAGGAAGACGCCCGGCUGCUAGCAAUGGAAAGCAAUGGAAAGGAUACAAAAGAACAGCCUGCAAAAGGCAGCACGGAGACUGCAGGUAGCCAGGCACCAACCGACGAGCCUGAUUGGAUUGCCCAUUUUGUGCAGAAGAAAGGAGAACGGGAAACUGUACAAAAGCUGAAGGAAGAGCAAAUCAGGAGGAAGAAGAGAGAAGAACGUCUUGAGCAAAUUCGCCACAAUGUGCAGCUGAAGUACACAUCUAAAAGAAAGAGGAUUGAGGAGGAGACAGAGCAGCUGCUCCAGCUCAGUAAGGAAGUGUUGUCUAACCUGGGUGAGUUGGGGACUUCGGAGCCGUUGGAUCAGAACGAGGAAGAUCUGAUCCUUGCCGAGUACGAGAGUGACGAGGAGAAGAAAGUGGGAAGGAGGUUAAGUGAAGAUGAUGAUGAUAUAGAGGAGGAGCAUAUAACUAAGAUUUACUACUGCAGCCGUACUCAUUCCCAGCUGGCCCAGUUUGUACAUGAGGUUCAGAAGAGCCCUUUUGGUAAGGAGACUCGGAUGGUCUCCUUGGGGUCUAGGCAGAACCUGUGUGUGAAUGAGGAAGUGAGAUGCCUGGGAGCCGUCCAGCUCAUAAAUGAUCGCUGUAUGGAGAUGCAGAAGAAUAAACAUGGGAAUAAGAGUACGGAAGAGGAGACAGAAGGGAAGAAAAGGCGCGUGAGCCGAGCAGUUUGUCCGUUUUACUCCUAUGAGCGCAUGCAGUUUCUUCGGGAUGAAGUUCUGAUUGAGGUGAAAGAUAUUGAGCAGCUGGUGACGCUGGGGAAGGAAGCAAAAGCCUGCCCGUAUUAUGGAAGCCGAUAUGCCAUCCCAGCUGCUCAGCUGGUGGUGUUGCCGUAUCAAAUGCUUCUGCAUGAAGCUACCAGAAGUGCUUCUGGGAUCAAGCUGAAGGAUCAGGUGGUGAUCAUUGAUGAAGGCCACAAUCUGAUAGAUACCCUCACCUGCAUCUACAGUGCUCAGGUUAGCGGUUCUCAGCUACGCUGUGCCCAUUCCCAGCUGAUGCAGUAUAUGGAGCGAUACAGGAAGCGCUUGAAAGCAAAGAACCUGAUGUACAUUAAGCAAAUUCUGUUUUUGCUGGAGAAAUUUGUGGCUGUUCUUGGAGGAAAUAUAAAUCAAAAUCCAAAUACUCAGAGCAUUCCACAAGCAGGGGUCCAGCUGAAAUCUAUCAAUGACUUCCUGUUCCAGUGCCAGAUUGACAACAUCAAUCUCUUUAAGGUUCAGCGCUACUGUGAGAAAAGCCUCAUCAGCAGGAAGCUGUUUGGGUUUGUUGAGAGGUAUGGGGUAUCUGGAGCUCUGAAAACUAGGAAAGAAGACCAGAAGAUGUCUGGUUUGCAGAAUUUCCUGCAAACCCUGAACAAGAGGCAAGAGAAGGAAGGAACCCUGCGGAGUUCUCCUGAAGAUGCUGGGGAUGAUCAGCCCAAAAUGGCAUCUCCUCUCAUGCACAUUGAGGGGUUCCUAGCUGCACUCACAAAUGCAAACCAAGAUGGAAGAGUAAUCCUCACCAGACAAGGCACUUUAGCUCUGAGCAGCCUCAAGUUUCUUUUGCUGAAUCCCGCCGUGCACUUUGCCAAGGUGCUGAAGGAGUGUCGGGCUGUGAUCAUUGCUGGGGGCACUAUGCAGCCGGUGGCCGAUUUCCGGGAGCAGCUUCUGGUAUGCGCGGGUGUCGGUGCCGACAGGAUUGAGGAGUUCUCCUGUGGUCAUGUGAUUCCCCCAGAGAACAUCUUACCCAUCAUCCUCUGUAGUGGUCCGUCCAACCAGCAGCUGGAAUUCACCUAUGAGAAGAGAGGCCUGCCUCAGAUGAUGGAUGAGACGGGGCGGAUUCUCUGUAACCUGUGCAACGUUGUCCCCGGGGGCCUGGUGUGCUUCUUCCCCUCCUAUGAGUAUGAGAAGCAGGUGUACAUGCGCUGGGAGAAGACUGGGCUGCUUACCCAGCUGGCAGCUAAGAAGAAGAUAUUUCAGGAACCAAAGCGAGCUAAUCAAGUGGAGCAGGUGUUGGCCGAAUAUGCCAAGUGCAUCAGGCGUUGCGGCCAAGCAGGAGGCGCCACAACAGGAGCGCUGCUGUUCUCUGUAGUCGGUGGGAAAAUGAGCGAAGGAAUAAAUUUUUCCAAUGACCUGGGAAGGUGUGUGAUCAUGGUGGGCAUGCCUUACCCCAACAUCAAGUCUCCAGAACUCCAGGAGAAAAUGGCGUACCUUGACAAGACCAUGCCACAAAAUGCAGGCCAAGCACCCAGCAGGAGUCUGAUUGAGAACCUGUGCAUGAAAGCAGUCAACCAGUCAAUAGGGAGAGCAAUUCGCCAUCAAAAGGACUUUGCUAGCAUUGUGCUCUUAGAUCACAGGUAUGCCCGUCCAGCUAUUUUCAACAAGCUGCCUCAGUGGAUCAAGAGCAGGACCCAGAUCAAAGCUGCCUUUGGGGCAGCCUUUGCAGCACUAAGAAAGUUUCACUUGGAAAAGAGAUCAAGUUGUGAGUCUGUAUCUUUCUGCUAACAGGCGUGCUUGCAGCUACCGCAUCCCUCUGCAUGAAGUGCCUUCAGUGUGUUUGGAUGUAUUGUGUAUUUAUUUUCAUUGCAUUAUGUUAAUAUAGAUGUUUCCCUUAAUAGCUUAAAAUGUUUUUCCAAACCUCAUACUCCAGUUUUGUGUCGCCUGUGAUUUUAGACACAUUACAUUACUAGAUCAGGGCUAUGGCAUGUGGGAGCUUUCUAUUUAUGUGAGACAAAAUUUGCUCUGUUCCUUGGGGCACGU